UCUCUCUCUCUCUCUCUCUCUCUCUCUCUCUCUCUCUCUCCACUCCCCCCUCUUUCUUCCCCACUCGGCUCCUCUCCCCCCUCUCGCCCACAGCGUUUGGUGUUGAUUCGAGCGGGAAGAGGGGGGUGGGUGGGAUUGGAGGGGGAGACCAUGACCUCCAGCUACGGGCACGUUCUGGAGCGGCAACCGGCGCUGGGCGGCCGCUUGGACAGCCCGGGCAACCUCGACACCCUGCAGGCGAAAAAGAACUUCUCCGUCAGUCACCUGCUAGACCUGGAGGAAGCCGGGGACAUGGUCGCAGCCCAGGCGGACGAAAGCGUGGGCGAGGCGGGCAGGAGCCUGCUGGAGUCGCCGGGACUCACCAGUGGCAGCGACACCCCGCAGCAGGACAAUGAUCAGCUGAACUCAGAGGAGAAGAAAAAGAGAAAGCAGCGGAGAAACAGGACAACCUUCAACAGCAGCCAGCUGCAGGCCUUGGAGCGUGUGUUUGAGCGGACGCACUACCCGGAUGCCUUCGUGCGGGAAGACCUUGCGCGCCGUGUGAACCUCACCGAGGCCAGAGUGCAGGUGUGGUUUCAGAACAGAAGAGCCAAGUUCCGCAGGAACGAGAGAGCCAUGCUGGCCAACAAAAAUGCUUCCCUCCUCAAAUCCUACUCAGGAGACGUGAGUGCCGUGGAGCAGCCCAUCGUCCCUCGUCCUGCUCCGAGACCCACCGACUAUCUCUCCUGGGGGACAGCAUCCCCAUACAGAUCCUCGUCCCUCCCAAGAUGUUGUUUACACGAGGGGCUUCAUAACGGAUUCUAACGGAAGACACUGAAAAGCGCCAUGGCUACUUAUUCUGCCACAUGUGCCAACAAUAGCCCUGCUCAGGGCAUCAACAUGGCCAACAGCAUUGCCAACCUGAGACUGAAGGCCAAGGAAUAUAGUUUACAGAGGAACCAAGUGCCAACAGUCAACUGAGGAAAAAAAAAUUAAACAGGCCUAAGAAGAAAUCAAAAACCAUAAGACACCUAUCCUGCUCUGUC